AUGUUUGGUGGUCCGGGGAAUACAACAUUGGAAAAGUGGCAAAAUGUUAAUGGACUCCCGCUAUAUAUUUAUACCUCUCUUUCUCUCUCUACCAUACUCUUCAACUCUUCUCUUUCAUUCGUCAUUAUCGUCGGUGCUGGUGUAUCCGGUAUCUCUGCGGCAAAGCUGUUGGCCGAGAAUGGCGUAAAGGAUCUUGUAAUCCUGGAGGCUUCAAACUGUAUUGGCGGUAGGAUUCGGAAGGAAAACUUCGGCGGUGUGUCCGUCGAACUCGGAGCUGGUUGGAUUGUCGGAGUUGGCGGCAAAGAGUCCAAUCCAAUUUGGGAACUCGUCGCUGAAUAUGGCCUUCGAACAUGCUUCUCUGACUACACGAAUGUGCCAUACAACAUAUAUGAUCGCAGUGGAAAGAUAUUUUCGAGUGGAAUCGCUGCGGACUCGUACAAAAAAGCUGUGGACUCGGCAAUUCGAAACUUAACGAACCAGGAAGAAGCCGAUCGCCAAGGCAAUAGCUCCAAAACAACUGAACCACCUUCGUCGCCAUUAGAGCUAGCAAUUGAUUUCAUCCUCCAUGAUUUUGAAAUGGCAGAGGCAGUACCGAUAUCUACCUUUACAGCGUUUGGCGAAAGGGAAUUUUUGGUUGCGGAUGAAAGAGGUUUUGAUUAUUUGGUAUAUAAAAUGGCUGAAGAUUUUUUGUUGACAUCUGAGGGUAAAAUACUGGACACUCGUCUCAAACUCAACCAUGUGGUCCGGGAAAUAGAGCAUCGGGGAAGUGGCGUUAGGGUGAUAACAGAGGAUGAUUGCAUUUAUGAAGCAAAUUACGUACUUGUGUCCGUUAGCAUUGGGGUUCUCCAAAGCAACCUUGUUGCCUUCCAUCCACCCUUACCCAGAUGGAAAUUAGAAGCCAUAGAGAAAUGUGAUGUAACCGUGUACACCAAAAUUUUCCUGAAGUUUCCAUAUCAGUUCUGGCCAAGUGGACCCGGAAAUGAAUUCUUCAUAUAUGCUCACGAUCAAAGAGGCUACUACACAUUUUGGCAGGUACCUGAUAAGCAGAGGUUCCUAAACCGAAAACAAAGUCAAGAGGAAAAUCAUCUCUGCUAUAGUUAUCAGCGCCGAGCACUCCCACCACCAAGUUCACAAGUAGUGCUAAGAAACUCACUAUGAAAACGUUGAUCAUCAACCUCGUUUGUGGUGGUUCCAUCAUUCAUAGAUACAUGCAUGUUCGUUUUAAUUUUCUUCUUUCGAUGGCAUCUUAGGACUUCAUUUAUUACGUGUAGAGACGGAGAAUGUCAUCAUCUAGAAUCGAAUGUGCCAAAAAGGCCUAGUACUCCCACCACCACUUUUACUGCAGUAGUUGACAUGGUAACAUAACUGUCAAAAUUCACAAUACUUUGUCAUUUACACUACAUUGUUUCUAAAAAUUAAAUGUCUCAUCGACAAAACUGACAUGAAAUGAACAAUUCAUAAUCUCUU